UUGAAAAAGCCAGUCUCCUGCUUCAUGGGGAGAGAUGGGCUGAGACUCAAGAGGACACCACCGACCACCACCGACUCCACCGGGCCGUCAGUGCUGCAGCCACAGACCGGGAGACUCCGGAAUUCUUCCCAGUUCCACUUGCCCUUGCUCCUCUCCACUCCUGGCCCCAGCAGGCCAGGGAAUGUCCCGGCAGCGAGAUGCCUUACGUGGACCGACAGAACCGCAUCUGCGGCUUCCUGGACAUCGAAGAAAAUGAGAGCAGUGGCAAGUUCCUGCGGCGUUACUUCAUACUGGACACCCAGCAGGGAAGCCUGGUGUGGUUUAUGGACAACCCGCAGAAUCUGCCUGUUGGUUCUGAAUGCGUCGGUUCUUUCAAGCUCACCUACAUCUCUAAGGUCAGCGAUGCCACAAAGCUGAGGCCUAAAGCAGAGUUCUGCUUCGUCAUCAAUGCCGGGAUGAGGAAGUUCUUCCUGCAGGCCAAUGAUCAGCAGGACCUCGUGGACUGGGUCGACGCUCUCAACAAAGCCACCAAAAUCACUGUGCCAAAGUCGCAUGAUGGCCAACAGAAUGCAGAGAACCAGAAGGUUUUGCCAGAAGUCGCAGGACCAAAGAAACAGGUGUCUUAUAAGACCGAGAUUAUUGGAGGAGUCCCCAUCGUCACCCAGACACAGCGUGACGGCGGUGAUGGUGCAGACAGAGCAGAGCGAGACGCCAUGCAGCGCUCUCACAGCCAGCUGCCGUAUUUCCUGAGCAGGCCGACUCAGGAACACAGCGUCAUUAAGUCAGGUUACUGUGUCAAACAAGGAGCUGUGAUGAGGAACUGGAAACGUCGAUAUUUCCUACUGGAGGAAAACUCAAUGAGUUACUUCAAGUCUGAUCUGGAGAAAGAGCCUCUGAGAAUGAUCCCACUGAAGGAAGUUCACAAAGUCCAGGAGUGCAAACAGAGUGACAUUAUGAUGAGGGAUAACCUGUUUGAAGUCGUCACCACAUCAAGGACAUUCUACAUACAGGCAGACAGUCCAGAGGAGAUGCACAGCUGGAUCAAGGCUGUCUCAGGGGCCAUUGUGGCUCAGCGGGGGCCCGGGAGGUCUGCAGCCACAAUGCGGCAGGCCAGACGGCUGUCGAACCCCUGUAUACAGAGGUAUACGUCCCGAAUCGGGGAGUGCAGCAGCACUCUGCUGCAGCUGUGUACCUGUCUUAGAUGUGUGACAUCCUGCCUGUCUCUCCUCCUCCCUCCUGUCCGCUGCCUGAACAUGGCAGCCGUUCCACUUUCUACCGUAGCUCCUCGGGCCCCCCCGCCCCUCGCUCGCCCAUAUCUGCCAUGCCACCAUGCAACCCAGAGUGGGGGGCUGCUGUCACGUGCACACGCGCACAGCCUGGCGUGGGACAGCGAGCACUUCAUGAGCCUGCUGCCACGGCCCAGUCACAGCCACACGCCAGCACGCCUGUCCUUGCAGGAGACACGUCUGGCAAAGUGACCUGCAAGCCCUCUGUGACCACCAUCACCAACUCGGAGGAGUCACCGUGGCGCAGGCGGAGCAGCUUUGAGCCCCGCAUGCCUGAACCAGAACCUGUGGACUUGGAUGACGCCGACUUGCCAGUGAGCGAGGUCUGAGCCGGAGUGUGGAACUGCAUAUUAAAACGUGUUUAUCUGGAUGGAUGUUGAUGUUGAUGUUGGAUGGACGAAGAGGAAACCAGGCACGACAGGUGCAAAUAAAUGAGGGCAGGUGUUGGUUUUCAAACAGAAGCUGUUGGCAGAUCACAAACUGCUGAGCUCCCCCGUCAGUGCCGUCAGUGUGCGAGACAAACAUGUUGGGUCACCACUGGACUGCAUCUGUGUGCCAAAGACGACCCACUCUUUACCCCACGCCCCCCCGCCUGCCUGCUGUCUCACAAUGGCAUAUUUAUUUACCAAGAGAAGACGCCGUCAAACAAAAGUACAAACCUUAGUUCACUUGUGCGGAUUAGUUUUCAGUUGCAGACCUUUUAUUUGAACCUGUACAGUGUGCGUUCAGCGGCAUCUGUGGGGAGGAGGAUUUUUGUAAACCACUUUGUUCCAAGACUAAUAAGGGAGUUUUUAAGGGUGCCAGGUGUUUCCUCAUAUCUUAAAUAAGUGUUCGAACUGAGGACUGGCUUUUCAUAACCUCUCUUAUUUAAACAGUGUGGUCCGUUCAUGCUCAUUAUUUUAACACUGGAUUUAGAACUAGAUGCUAAAAAAGUUAAAAAACAAUAUGUAUAUGAUCCAGUGAGUUUGAUAAUGCCAGACCAAAUGUGUUUCAGCCUCAAAGCCUCAUUUAGUGCGAUUUCUUUUUUUUUUAGUUGACAAAUGUUUUGAUUUUAAACUUUAUGUUGAAUAUAGUGGAAGGUUACGGUCAGUUAUUUGUCCGCCGUGAGUUUCAUAGUUGACUGGUAUUGACCUCAAUCUGAAGUAGACUACAUGUUAAUGUACAGUUUUUACAGUUAAUCCACAAGCAGAGUUCUGUGCAGAGAAUGGACAGAAGAAAAAAAAUUGAAAGCGUUCACAGUUUAUUAAUCACUUCAAAACCUGAAUCAGCAUCUUCACAAACUGUACUUCAGCAGACACUUUGUGGACUCUUGUUUUGGACACUGGAAGGCAUGGGGGAGGGGGGUGGAGCAACUUUGUUUUAAGUAAACACAAAGUACAAGACAUGAGUUUGUAUGCAUUUUGUAAAUCAUAAUAAUAAAAGCAGCGUUGUGGUGGGUCAGCUCUAGAUGAGCUUCAUGUCCGGACAGACUGGGCUCUAACUGGUUUACGUGAAGUGAACAAAUGCUGAAGUCAGUUGUUGGAAGAAUUGAUGAAACUGUAAUAACACCACGCAAACAAAAGAUUCAAGCUCAGACACUUCCAUUGCAUGUUAACAAGUUAACAAUUCCUCAGAUUGUCUUUUUAGUUUUUGUUGACCUGCGGCUCGUCUGUGUGUUGUUUUUACAGGAUAGAGCCUUGUGCAUCAGAAUUAUUUUUUAUAUGCUUUUAGAUGUUUUCUUUAAUCCGUGUUAUUUUCCCAGUAGCAGGCAGGUUUUAUUUACAAUGUCCCACUGCUAAAUAACAAACACUAAUCUUUCCUCUUAUUUUUUUAAGUGCCUGCUCCAUUUCAUCCAACAAAGCCAUGUUCCUUCACCCCUGUUCAGUCUUGUGUAACUGGUUUGAAUUGUUUCUAUUUAUUAUGUGGAUGACUUGAAAGAAAUAAACACUGAAAAUGUG